AGCGCUAUUAGCCUUUAUCGCCUUUCAUACUACAUUGAAAAUGGAAAAUGGCUAGGUUGGGGGUAAGGGUUGAGAGGGUCGCGAAGAUGCGGCCUUUCUAGUCUUUUAGAAGAGCUCAAACAAAAUUUGGCGACCUAGAAAAGGGCAAAAGGGCAAUGAGUAUUUAAAAAUUUUAGAUUAUCCAUUUUUUUGGAUUAUCCCUUUUCUUCCCUACUUGAUAGAAAAUUCACAAUGAACUGUUCCAUUUCUCAGAUUCUGCGUGAAAUGAAGCCGUGGCUUGUUUCCGCGUAGGCAUCAAAUGUCAAAAACGGCAAAGUCAUUUUUAUUCGUUAUUGAUAGUGACUAAAAUAGCUAGAUAUGGUUCCAUUUUUUUUAUAAUACAUUUAUGGACCAUCUUAUAAUUGGAUCUUAGUUUAAAUUUCCUUUCCAGCUUGAAAUAUAGCCCGAUCAUAUGGGGUUUUGUUUUCAAAAUAUUAUGCAUAGGUCGUGCGCACAUUUAACUCUCUUUUUUCAUUCUUGUAUCAAGAAACUUUACAAUUUUUAAGACACUUCACAGGUAAUUUCGAUUAAAUCACAAGUAAGUUCUCCUCCUGGGAUGAAAUUUUAGCCUCUUAUAUUUCACAAAAUUUAUAGUAUAAUUUAUCUCAUGGUAUAAUUACAAUGGACCUUUAGUUACAGCUUGCAUAGGUUAUUUUUGUACUGGGAAGAAAAUUUUCGCCAUGAUAUAGAAUAAUUUUAGCACAUGCAGUCAAGAUAGUCAAUCGGCGAAGUGACUUCACUUCUUAUUAUUACCCUGAAAGUGACUUCACGAAUUAUCAAUAUUGUUGGUGUGAAUCAAAUCAGCAGAAAAAUAGCUUGGCAUCAUACUCAACUUCGUCUAAUUUGAUAGGCGGAUUUUUGAACUUGGAGUUACUGUUGUUAUUGUUGCAGCCUCUUAUAAAACGAUGUCUCCAAAAAAGGAAAAGAAGUCGAGUGGCAAGUCCCCCCGACCGGAUUCGUCUGCAUCCGACAUGGAGUUGUCCCCCCGUCUGCAGCAGGGCAGUCUCAGGAGGGGAGGAGUGUCCUCAGAAGCGGUCACUGAGGACGACAUUGCAAAAUUCGAGAAGAAGGUGUUUCCGAAGAGUGCUGAGGAGAAAAAGGCGUUGAACAAGGCCCUGGACAACAACAUCCUGUUCAAGUACCUGGAUGAGUCCACCAGGAGUGAUGUGUUCGACUGCAUGGAGCCCAACACAUUCCCCGAGGGAGAGGAGAUCAUCACACAGGGUGACGAUGGAGACUAUUUCUACCUCAUUCAUAGAGGAAACGUUGAUGUGUAUGUGAACAAGAAAAAAGUGAGCACCCUGAGUGAGGGGGGCUACUUCGGGGAGUUGGCUCUAAUCUACGGAACCCCCCGCUCUGCCACGUGUGUGGUGGUUGGGAAAGAAGUGAAGACAUUCAGACUCGACAGACAACACUACCGAAUGUUGCUCAUGGGUAGCCUGUUGAGAAAAAGGAAGAUGUAUGAGAGCUUCCUCAAGAAAAUCAACUUCCUUGAGGAGUUGGACUCGUGGGAGCUGCUGACCUUGGCGGAUGCACUUCAGCCGGCAACAUACCCAGAUGGCACCACAGUGUUCGAACAGGGCCAGGAGGGACAGGACUUCUUCAUCAUAGUAUCUGGAGAGGCAGAAGUGACUCAGAAGAAGGCGAAGGAUAAGAAGGAGACCCAGGUGGACAUCCUGCAGCCAGGACAGUACUUUGGAGAAGUUGCAAUUAUCCUGCACAGAACCCGAACUGCCACCAUCAAGGCCAAGGGCAAACUGGAGUGUGUUAAGAUAGACCGGGACACCUUCGAGAGGAUCCUGGGACCCUGUCAGGAGAUCAUGAGGCGCAACAUGAACAACUACAAUUCCCUGAUCAGCCUCUACCAAUAGAGUUUACUCGUG